GGUGACGCGCAGCCCCGAGGCUGUGAGUUCCAGUUAGCCUGGCGCUCAGGAUCGCCACCGGCUGGGAGGUGCGCUGGCUCCGCCACCGCCCCAGACUCAGGAACUCAGCACGGACUCCGGAUUACAGUGUCAUCCGCUCGUGGUUCACAGACACGAGAUCCAGAUUAAAGAGAGGGAGGAAAGGAUGGAUGGAACAUAGACAGGAGGAUGCUUAAUUUCCACUCACUGGGAAGUGGGGCGCGUGGCAGAGGUUGGGCCAGGUGUCUUAGACCCUUUCUGGGUUCAGGGAAGGUGACGUGUGACACUCCGUUUCGACUCCCCAGUGACGACAGAACGCCUACCCGCUUUGAGCGCUUUCCUAGGCGAGCGAGUCCAUUUCCCCAGGAUCCCUAAGCCUCAGGAACUGAUAGCCCCUUACAUCGCGGAUGAGGGAAUGGGCUUGUUCCGAGUGUAGCAGCUAGUAAUGAAACGAGGUAUUUGAGGUGGGGUUUGUGUAACCCCCCAAAGCAGACCUCAGUCCACAGCUCCUGGAUCUGCCAUCACGCUGCUGCUACCUGGACCAAAGCUGUUGUAGAGAAAGAUGGAACGAACACUAGGUGUUUUUUCCUCUCUAUCCCCACCCUCAGUCCUGGGUGCGGAGAGACCAUCCCAGCGCUGGCUGGCUCUCCCAUCUUGGAGAAGAUGACCUCCCGUCUUCCCGGAUCUCUUCUCCAGUGGGAGUACCGUUUCGGAAAAAUAUCCCUUUGCGAUAUCCAGGGGGCGAGUGGCGGAUCUGAGAGUUCGGGAAUUGGAAAGGAAGCAAGGGGAGGCUGGCGACUCAGCAGCCCGUGGAGCGGGUCCGCGAUGAGCAUCAUAAACCCACUGGAGUACCAGCUACCGCCAGACCCUCUGUGGCUUUUAACAUCCGCACUUCUAAGGACCCAGAGCAGGAAGGGUGUAAUCUCUCCCUUGGUGACAGCAAACUCUUAGAAAACUGUGGCUUCAACAUGACAGCCAAAACCUUCUUCAUCAUUCAUGGAUGGACGAUGAGUGGCAUGUUUGAGAGCUGGCUGCAUAAACUUGUAUCAGCCCUGCAGAUGAGAGAGAAAGAUGCUAACGUCGUGGUGGUUGACUGGCUGCCCCUGGCUCAUCAGCUGUACACGGAUGCAGUCAAUAACACCAGGGUGGUGGGACAGAGAGUAGCUGGGAUGCUUGACUGGCUGCAGGAGAAGGAAGAGUUCUCUCUUGGGAACGUUCACUUGAUUGGCUACAGCCUUGGAGCACACGUGGCUGGAUACGCUGGCAACUUUGUGAAAGGAACAGUGGGCAGGAUCACUGGUCUGGAUCCCGCGGGUCCCAUGUUUGAAGGGGUGGACAUCAACAGAAGGCUGUCCCCGGACGAUGCAGACUUUGUGGAUGUCCUGCAUACCUACACGCUGUCCUUUGGCUUGAGCAUUGGGAUUCGGAUGCCUGUGGGUCACAUUGACAUCUAUCCCAAUGGCGGUGACUUCCAGCCAGGCUGUGGAUUCAAUGAUGUCAUCGGAUCUUUUGCAUAUGGAACAAUCUCAGAGAUGGUGAAAUGCGAGCACGAGCGAGCCGUACACCUCUUUGUCGACUCUCUGGUGAAUCAGGACAAGCCCAGCUUUGCCUUCCAGUGCACAGACUCCAGCCGCUUCAAAAGGGGAAUCUGCCUCAGCUGCCGGAAGAACCGUUGUAAUAACAUUGGCUACAACGCCAAGAAAAUGAGAAAGAAGAGGAAUAGCAAAAUGUAUUUAAAAACCCGGGCUGGCAUGCCUUUCAAAGUUUACCAUUACCAGCUGAAAGUUCACAUGUUCUCUUACAAUAACAGUGGGGACACCCAGCCCACCCUCUACAUUACCCUGUAUGGUAGCAACGCAGACUCCCAGAACCUGCCCUUGGAAAUAGUGGAGAAGAUUGAGCUGAAUGCCACAAACACCUUCCUUGUCUACACUGAGGAGGACUUGGGCGAUCUCUUGAAGAUGCGACUUACCUGGGAGGGGGUAGCCCAUUCCUGGUACAACCUGUGGAAUGAGUUUCGCAACUACCUGUCUCAACCCAGCAACCCCUCGAGGGAGCUGUACAUCCGGCGAAUUCGUGUCAAAUCUGGGGAAACCCAGCGCAAAGUGACAUUUUGCACUCAAGACCCAACGAAGAGUAGCAUCUCCCCUGGCCAGGAGCUGUGGUUUCACAAGUGUCAGGAUGGCUGGAAAAUGAAAAACAAAACCAGUCCCUUUGUGAACUUGGCCUGAGGGCCCAAGAAGUCCUGGCGUCCACACCCACACCCCACUGUCCACGCACAUGGAGGAAAAGUUACUGCUGAAGACCCACUCGAUGGACGAUCUCAGCCUUGAGCCCCACGAGGAGCUUGCUUGCUGGGCUCAUCCUGUCUCCCCUGACAACUGUGACUUCUCCUGGAGAGGCCUGUGCACUGCUGAAGUUCUUGCUGAUGAUUCUAGCUGUAAACCUUUGUUGCCGCCGCAGGAAGCUGAGGCCAGCUUGUGUGUGAGCACUGGAGUGUCCAGAGCCCUGCACACUCGGGGUGGGGGGCGGGGUACUCUCCCUGUCGCUAGGUGAGCACUGGCUUUGUCCAACAUCAGGGAACACAAGGCUCUGAAGUGGCCCUGUGUGGAAGGUUGGCAGCUGCCUGGCCUCACUGAACCUUAGUGACAAGUCUUUGCCUCAGGAGCUGACUCAUGCCAUAGAGAGGGGACUGUAGACCAGGCUGGGGCUGCUGCCCUCCCACACGAGGUACUGAUGGAUCCUGGUUCUAUUCUGGGUAUUUCAUCCUGCCUUCCAGAGCACCUUCUGAAGUUCACAUCGUUGGCAUUUCCUUUUUAUGUUAUGCAUACUUUGGCUGAACAAACAUUUAUUGGGCACUUCAGCUCAUUAGCACCAGGCAUGUAUAGACACAUGACUCAACUUCAGCAUUUGGAGCCAGCGAGACCAGGAUCCCUGGAAUCUCUCAAGUUCACUGGCCCCUGAGAAUGCCUGUGUUAGUUAAAGACAGAUGGGAUCAAGGCGAGGGCUACAGGCUGAGAGAGCUUGAGCUCAGAGGCUUUUAUGAACCGUUUCCUCUGAGGGCCACCCUUGAUCUCUAGCAGAACAGCAAGCAGAACACCGUGCAUGCUGGCCACAGCAGUGGAGCCAAGUCUCUGCUGGUUACGGAGCUAUACGGUACUGCAGGAGUUCUACAUACCUGCUGCGCAGAGACCAGCCCCGUGGACAGAGCUGGCAUGAUGGUUGCUACAGUGCUCUUUCUCCCAUGAAGUCUUUGCUUUUAUAUCAGUGCCUUAUCUGUUAAGCUCCUGGAGGAAAGCCCCCUAUUCUAGAUCUUUAUGUGAAUGGAUAAAUGUGACACCCGAGACACCCUUUAGUAGUUUGACAGCUUGCGUGUGUGCCGCCUAAUUAGAGCACAGGGAGCAGGGCAGCUGUUAUUCCUGUUUUACCAAGUCAAGGCUUAGGGAAGUUCAGCCACCUGCUUAGAUGAUAUAUCAAGGUGGCAGUGGAAGGGGGUGAGCUAAGGACCCAGCAAGGUUUCCUGGAGGCAAAGUUUAUGAAAUCCUUUCUGUAACUCCAUAAAGAUGUCUGCAGCUAUUUCCUACCCAGAUGUUCCUGAUGUGAUAAGCAGGGGACUUUUUUUUUUUUUCCUUCAGAUGCUAUCCAUAAAAUCCAAGCCCUUUCUUAAGAUACAAGCAGAAGAACGGUUGCGUUUUUGUGGGUGUGCUGUCAGCCUGGGGGGUGGGGGGUGGGGGGUGGGAGAGCGAUUACUCUGUGUUUAGGUUUGUCACGCACAUUCUUUGCAUCUGUAUUGUACCAGCUUUAUAGCACUGUUUCAUGCCAAAGUUCUGAUGACGUAACCAGUUGACCCUUCACACAGAGUGCCCUUUCCCCCCCUCCCCCCUCCCCAUGCUUCUGUGAUUGCUCUGUAGCCAUGUGAAGCUUGCUAGCCGCGGCUGUACAUCCUGUGACUUCCACCUUGGGUUUAGUAAUGGGAGCUUGAGAUUGGAGAGCUGAGUCCUCUGUGGGUUCUGUAUUUAUCCAUUUGGCUUGAAGCUUUGUUUAUAUAUCGGCUGCUUUUUUUUUUUUAAAUGCUCAGACCAUUAUUUAUUUCUUGAGUGUAUAUAAGUAUAAAGACAAAUCUAUGGUUAGUUUUUACUUUAAGAUUAACCGAUUUCAAGAUUUACAAAAAAAAACAACAAAAAACAAAAAACAAAUUUAAUAGUAAAAUAAAAAAGUAUACAGCU